ACUACGCGUUAUAUCCAUAUCCAUACAAAUUCCAUGCAACUAGCUAGCUCAUUACAUAUAUUCAUUCAUCACCAAUUCCUAGCCACUACAUUCCCACAGCUCUUUCAAUGGCUUUUAUCCUAUCAAAAACAUCAACAUUUCUAGUAGUUCUCCUCUAUGCUUCUUUCGUCUUUGCAACAACAACAUUAGCAAAAACUUCUAAGUCUUUCACAAUUUCGCCAUCUCCAUCUACACUUGAUAAUACUCAUUUUUCAUUGAUAAAGUCUAUUUGCGAACCUACACCAUAUCCAGAUCUUUGUUUUAACUCAUUAAAAUUUUCAAUCUCCAUUAACAUAAACCCAAAUAUCAUUUCGCUUCUUCUUCCUAUUCUUCAAACCGCAAUUUCCGAAGCCGGGAAACUCACAAAUGUUUUCACCAAUGUUGUAAAUAAUGGCAUUGUUGAAAACCAAAUAGGUACACUUCAAGAUUGUAGAGAGCUUCAUCAGAUUAGCAUUUCUGCUCUACAAAAAACCGUUUCUCGUAUGCAAUCUUCAAAAACGCCCAAUAAACGUCAAUUAGCGGAUGCUAAUGCUUUUCUCAGUGCCGCUUUAACUAACAAAAAUACUUGUUUAGAAGGUCUUGAAUCUGCUAGUGGUCCAUUAAAACCAGUUCUUGUCAAUUCCAUUACUGCUGCUUACAAACAUGUUAGCAACUCUCUUUCAAUUCUUUCCAAGCCUGAUGGGAAAUCCAAAGCUCAAGUACACGUGAAAACGAAUAACCGUCGUCUAUUGGAUUUUCCAAACUGGCUAUCGCGGAAUUCCCGUCGGAUUCUCGAGGAUUCCGAUACUGAAUAUGACCCAAGUGAUAUUAUUACUGUGUCUAAAGAUGGGACUGGAAAUUUUAGUAGGAUAAAUGACGCUGUUGAGUUUGCACCAAGUAAUAGGUUUGACAGAACCAUCAUUUAUGUGAAAGAAGGGGUUUACCAUGAAAAUGUAUUCAUUCCGGCAGAUAAAACUAAUCUUGUUUUCUUAGGAGAUGGAGCUGAUGUCACUGUCAUUUCCGGGAAGAGAAGUGUUGCUGGUGGAUUUACUACAUUUAGAUCUGCAACAUUUGCGGUAGCCGGUGAUGGUUUUUUAGCACGAGAUAUAACUUUUGAAAACACGGCUGGACCAGAAAAACAUCAAGCUGUUGCGUUGAGAAUUAACGCGGAUUUAGCCGCGGUUUACCAUUGCAACAUCAAUGGUUACCAAGAUACAUUGUAUGCACAUUCGUAUAGACAAUUCUACACCGAAUGCAACAUCUCAGGAACAGUUGAUUUCAUUUUCGGAAAUGCAGCUGUUGUUUUUCAAGCAUGUAAUAUUAUAGCAAGAUUACCGAUGGAUCGCCAAUUCAACGCCUUAACAGCUUCAGGUAGGGAUAGUCCCGAUGAGAACACUGGGAUUUCAAUACAAAAUUGCUCCAUCUUAGCUUCUGAAGAUUUGUUGGGGAGUAAUAGAACUGUUAAAAGUUACUUAGGAAGGCCAUGGAAGUUAUAUGCAACAACUGUGGUUAUGGAGUCGUACAUUGAUGACUUGAUUCAUCCUCUAGGUUGGAGAGAAUGGGCAGAUGACUUAAGUGUGGAUACAUUGUAUUAUGGUGAAUAUGAUAACACCGGACCGGGGUCAGGAACUGAUAACCGUGUUACAUGGCCGGGGUAUAAAGUUAUGGAUUAUGAUGAUGCAUUAAACUUCACGGUCUCGGAGCUAAUUACAGGAGACGAAUGGCUGGAAUCAACUGAAUUUCCUUAUCAAAAUGGGAUUUGAAAAAAAAUAAAAAUAAAUAAAUAACUUGAGCUACUUAUACAUGGGACAAUUUCGCAUAGCUAGUCCCUAGUUUUUAUGAUUGAAGUACUGUAGCCUGCAGGUAUGAUUUCUAUAACUAAGAUAACAUCGAUUUGCAAGUGUUAA